GGAUUUUAUUGGUUUGAUUCUCAAGUUAUCUGGUGCCUCAAAAGUAUUUGAAAAAUUAGAAAGUUUUAUUGUUCGAAGAAUAGCGGAGAACAUUUUAAUUUCUAUGCAAUAUGAUGCAGAUGAAUUAUUAUGUCAAAUAGCUGAGAAUGUACCAGAAUCUCUUGAAACUAUUGAAAUUAUAAUGGAUUAUUUAUGGAUAUUUAGGGUGUUAUAA